CUUAAUUCCUGGACUGACCCAUGCUGCUAGCCUCCUCUAUUGCCUUCUGCGCCCAAUUACCCUAAAACUUUCCUUAAAUUUUCCUUAAAACUUUCCCUUUAUUUACGAAGCCAUGCCUUCCCAAAAUCAUUACUAGUUACGAAUCCUCAAAAGAUCCAUAACAAAACACCUAAAACCCUAGAAGAUGUCUUCCCGUCUCGCCCUCCACCACGGCCGCCACCUUUCAACUUCCGCCGUCGCCGCUGCCACCGCAGCCGUCGAAGCAGCAGGGGCUUCUACUGCCACCUCCACAAAGCCGUCCACCAUCAGCACUUCCAGAGCCAAAUCACAACUCAGAUACGUCUACGACCCCGACAAAGCCCUCGAAAUCUACUCUUCAGUCUCCCCUAACUAUACCUCUCCGCUCUCCUCUCGCUACACCCAAGAGUACACCGUCCGCCGCCUCGCCAAAUCCCACAGAUUCUCUGACAUCGAAAACUUCCUCGAAUCUCACAAAAAUGACCCCAAAAUCACUCAAGAACCAUUCCUUUCUUCCCUCAUUCGAUCCUAUGGUCUUGCUGGUAUGUUUGAUCAUGCCCUCAAAACUUUUAAUGAAAUGGAUGAUCUGGGUACCCCCAGAUCAACUGUUUCCUUCAAUGCUCUCCUUUCUGCUUGCAAUUCGUCCAAAAAUUCUGGACGAGCCCCUGAGCUGUUCGAUGAAGUGCCUCAAAGAUAUGGGUUUUCGCCGGAUAAGUUUUCAUAUGGGAAUCUGAUUAAGGCUUAUUGUGAAAUGGGAUCGCCCGAAUCAGCGCUGGAAAGGCUGAAGGAAAUGGAGGAGAAGGGCAUUGAGAUUACAGCUGUUACUUUUACUACCAUUAUGCACUCGUUCUAUAAGAAAGGGAAGAAUGAAGAGGCGGAGAGAGUAUGGAGUGAGAUGGUGAAGAGAGGGUGUCCAAUUGACGUCGGGGCAUAUAACGUAAGGAUUAUGCAUAUUCAUGGAGAGGAUCCUGAUAGUGUGAAGGGGCUAAUUGAGGAAAUCAGUAGUGCAGGGUUGAAGCCGGAUACUAUUAGUUAUAAUUAUUUGAUGACUAGUUAUUGCAAGAGCGGGAUGAUGGAUGAGGCCUUCAAGGUUUAUGAGGAUUUAGAGGGGAAUGGGUGCAAACCAAAUGCCGCAACUUUUAGGACGUUGAUAUUCUAUUUGUGUAAGAAGCAGAGGUUUGAGACUGGGUACAAGGUGUUCAAAGAGAGUGUGGCGGUGCAUAAGAUUCCAGACUUUAAUACCUUGAAGCAUUUGUUAGAAGGACUAGUGAAGAGGUCAAAGUUCAAGGAAGCGAAAGGGAUGAUUAGGACAGUAAAGAAGAAGUUCCCUCCUAAUGUUGUGAAGGCAUGGGAAAGGCUUCAGAAGGAACUUGGUUUGGUUAGCGUCGAAGCUAAUGAGGUUGAUUUGGAAGAGACAUAAAAGGAGGAGGAGAGUGUUUCUGGAAAAUUUGGUUCCCAUAGGCUCAAAAAGAAUUCCACUUGCAUCUUGCCAAGUGUGUGGCGAGGUUGAAUUUCAGUUGUCCUGAAGCUGGAAGUCAGCAUAUCUUGCUGCUUAAUUGCAAACUUGAUUCUGAAAGCUGACUAGGAAAAGUCCCUUGUGGAGUUUUGAUAGACCUCUUAUAGAUGUCAAAAUUAAAUGCUACUUCACUUCUUAAGUUGGUUUAUCUUCAUUGGCACGAAUUUGUUGUCUUUCGAUAUUUGUUUCCCUGUUUUUGAAGUGCUUACUGACUGCCUAACUAGAUGUCCAUAUGGAACGUGGCACCUAAAUGGUUUCUUGCUACUUUCGAACUGAAUUGAUGUAGUAGUCAUGGUUAAUUUUUGGUAGUCUUGUUUAACUUAAUAUAGUUACUAAAGAUACUCAAUCA